AUGGCUGAGGGUGUUUCCGCUCGCGACUGUAUCGACUCGACCAUUCCAGUGUUUCCAGUCGCGCGACUUCCCAGGCAGGUGCUGGACAGAUUCUUCGAGCAAGCCAACGCAGCAUGUAGGCGGUGCGGAUAUGAGGACCCUCAAUCAACUCUCAUGUCUUCCGAAGACAUCUCUUCGAUCAACCCAAGGACAGAAGCCCCCGUGAACGAUGAUCUGCUCGAAACUUGGCCGUUCGAAGGUUCCAGUGUCCAGCAAAUUAUUGAUUUUGCUAUACAGCAUCUAAACAAUACAGAUCUGUCUCCCACGAAUAUGGUUAUUCUGGAUGAUAUCACAAAUCGGGACGAUACUUGUCUGCUCUUGUCGAAGGAUCCAUUCAGCGAUGAUCCACGGGAGUAUAUGCAAAUACGGUCAGACUUUGAGUCGGCUAUUGUGGCUCUAAAAACAAUUGAGACCGGCUGUGGUGGUGCCGAUACACAGCUAGAUACACAAUAUCCUGGCUCAGAUGGCGUAUUGAGAAUCUCGGUACGGGACAGAGUUUGA